AUGUCGACCACUUGCGCAAUCAAAGAGCAGGAUAUUGAGCAAGCCGCAUGCAACAAGAUAACAGAAAGUUCGAGCUCUUGCAUUCAAAGAGAACUCAAUUCCUCGGGUAGGCAUUUCGCCAUGCCUCGGAGGCACUGUCCCAUCGAUGAUGGCUCAAGCAGGAAGCUGGGAUGA